UCGGCAGCUGUGAACUGGAAAGCCCCUGACAGCCAGGGAGGCUUCAGACUGCAAAACCGCGGCGAGUGUGUCGUUUUAAAUGAAGAAUACUAAUAUUUUCUUCGUUUCGCUUUCUUUGUGAGGUUGUUUCAGUCGCGCUUUUAAGCUAACCGAGUAGAUGCUCUCCUACGAGUGCUAGCUCCGUGUACAUGCUAGGUUCUUUGUGUGGCUAGCUGCUAGCCGAGGGAUGAUUUGUUGUUGUUGUUGUUGUUGUUGUUGAACUGACUGAGCAGCGCUCCCGUCGUUUGGGAGAGGAGACACAUCAGCUGUGUAUGGAGAAACGCCUUCUCAUCUGCUGACAUCUCAUCUGUGAAAGUGGCCCGAAACCCCCCCCCCCCCCCGCUGUGUAAGGCUAGUUAACACCGAGAGAGAGGAGAGUUUGACCGAAGAGGAGGGAGAUGGGAAACUGUCUGAAAUCUCCGACCUCGGAUGAUAUUUCUUUGCUACAUGAAUCCCAGUCGGACCGUGCCAGCUACGGAGACGGAGCUGACCCCGACCUGGAGCCACCGCCCCCCUAUCAGGAGCAGAUCCAUGUGCCUGUCUAUCACCCGACGCCCAGCCAAGCCCGCCUGGCCACUCAGCUGACUGAGGAGGAGCAGGUCCGCAUCGCCCAGCGCAUCGGACUCAUCCAGCACCUCCCGAAGGGCGUGUACGACCCAGGACAGGAUGGCUCUGAGAAGAAGAUUAGAGAGUGCGUCAUCUGUAUGAUGGACUUUGAGUACGGAGACCCCAUCCGGUUCCUGCCCUGCAUGCACAUCUACCACAUGGACUGUAUAGACGACUGGCUGAUGAGAUCCUUCACCUGCCCCUCCUGUAUGGAGCCUGUGGACGCCGCGCUGCUCUCCUCCUAUGAGACUAACUGAUACACACACACACACACACACACACACACACACACACACACACACACAGACACAUACAGUAUAUUUCCACAAGGCACCGGUGGAGCAGACUUUAUACACACACACACACACACACACACACACACACUAUGCACACAAAUAGACAUACACACAUCUUGCUAACCUGUAUCCUGGAUUAGUUAGGUGGUGAUAUAAAAGUGAGGUGGAGCGCCAUGGCCUUAGGUUACACAUGAAUUGGUAUCAGCUGCUAAUAUUUGGAGUCCAGGUAACGUCGACACGAAGGAGGAAGUGAUACAGAGACAGUUGAGACUGAAUGCUGCAGCUGGGCUGUCGUUGUACAUGCUGUGAAGAAUACAAAGGAUGUGACAAGGAAGUUGCUUUUUGAUUGGACGUCUGUCCCAUCACUUCCCACCGCUUUCCUCUGCACAUAAGUAUGCAAGCUUUUUUUUUUAUUAUUAUUAUUUUUUUACCUCAAUCUGGAUCCAAUCAGAGCUGGGUGGGACUGGCAAUGCAUGGUUGUGGGGAUAAACAAACGUGUCUUUGUAUUAGGGCUGAACCAUUUUGAAAAAAAAUCUAAUUGCGAUUAUUUUUGACUGAUAUUUUGCAAUGAUUAGCAAUAUUACUCUCCUUUUCAUUGAAGAACAUUAAAAUGUUUAUGGCGCGAUGGUAUCUGUACCGAAACAAUGCUGUGUGUAGAAUAUGAUGUGUAGACCAGGUCAUCUCUGCAGCCAUAUUUACUCUAAAUGGUAUUUCACCUUUAACAAAUAUUGCAGUUGGCCACAUUGCAAUGUUGAUAAAGUUUCGAUUAAUUGUUCAGCCCUACUUUGUAUCUGCCAUAGCUCCUAAACAAUUAAACUGUUGAAGUAAAAAGAAGAAUCCACAUACUGAGUCAUUGUGACCACUAGCACUCUCCCAAAGCUGUGUGUGUGUGUGUGUGUGUGUGUGUGUGUGUGCGUGUGCGUGUGUGUCAGUUGAGUUAGAAAAUGUGCUCAUAUCCCCCGGAUAUUAACUCGCACGUCUGUCCUUCCCUAACAAGGACACUGCUUAUUUAUUUAAAAAUGUCCACAGAAUGGUUUCGGGCGGAUCUUCUGCUUUGAUUAAACACCAAGGUUUGCUCAUGUGAACGGAGUAUGUGUGCUGUAAGUUUGUGUAUGGAUGCUUGCGAGACAUUUCCUUGUUUGUAAGCAUAAAUAUGCAUAAGCUAUGUACUACAGGAAAAUAAUAAAUAGACAUUGCAACAGAA